CGGCGGGGAUCGAGAUGGCUUCCGUGCGGAUCCGAGAGGCCGAGGAAGGAGACUGUGGACAUAUCCUGAGGCUGAUUCGGGAACUGGCAGAGUACGAGAAACUCUCGGAGCAGGUGCAGAUCAGUGAAGAAGCCCUGAGAGCAGAUGGCUUCGGAGGGAACCCUUUCUAUCACUGUUUGGUGGCAGAGCUUCUUCCCGCCCCCGGGAAGCCGCAGGGGCCCCGUGUGGUGGGUUAUGGGCUGUAUUACUUCAUCUACAGCACGUGGAAGGGGCGCAACGUUUAUCUGGAAGACAUCUAUGUGACGCCGGAAUAUCGGGGUCAGGGGAUUGGCUCGAAAAUAAUAAAAAAAGUGGCUCAGGUGGCCCUGGAUCAGGGCUGUUCCCAGUUCCGCCUCGCAGUCCUGGACUGGAACCAGAGGGCCAUGACCCUGUACAAGGCCCUGGGAGCCCGGGAUCUGACUGAAACCGAGGGCUGGCAUGCCUUUCGCUUCGAAGGAGAGGCCAUGAGGAAGUUGGCGGAAAAGUGAGGCCAUUCCUUAGGGAUCUCCGGGGUCGACCUUCUCCUUCCCCACCAGCUCAAGCACUCCGCAGAGACUCUUGUCCACUGGCACAGGCCUCCCUGAAGGAGGAGAGGUUGAGAGUGACUAUACCCAAAUUAGGGGCAGAGCAGUAUCCGGGCAGAGGCCUUUCCACCUCCUUGUUGAGGGUGAGAAAUAAAAGGGAAUUACUGUAAGUGCGUGACUCGAUAAGCUUCAGCCACCCUGAGACCCUUCUGGAAUGUUCUAGUCUCCUGGUGUGGUGGGGGGAGGGGGAUGCUGCUUCAGGGAGUAAAGGUGGGCCCAAGACGACGUGCACCCUCAGGGGGCCAGAGUGUUGGCUCUGACCUGUGGAAUACAGAGAAAAGAAGAGCAAGGGGCCAGUUUGGCACAUCAGGCUUGUUGGUCCCAUUUUGGGACCCAGACAAAGGCCUCCAGUGUCUGGACUGCAAGGUGCAGGACCCCAGGCUGAAUCCAGCCCACUGGCUCAACACGUGGAGCAGACUGCCACCUGCUGGUGGUGUUUUGGAGGUGUAGGGAAGGAACACUUGCCUCAAGUUCCAAAAAAAAAAAAAAAAAAAUCAGCUCACCCGUGCUUUUUCUUUUUCAAAAGUCACAAAGUCCUUAUUUUCAGUUCGGCAAAGCCAAACAGACCUCUAGGACCCAUGGAGAGAAGGAGGGAGACAAGCUCCUGUCCCACUUUCAUAAUACUCUUAUUACACAGGUACUGUGGGUUUCUUGUAGGAAAAUUGGAAUAUACAUAUAAAAUAAAAAUAGACUCCAAAGCCUUACCUACUAACUGUUGUUAACUCUUUGGUAUCAAUCCUGCAGAUUUUUUUCAGCGUCCAUAUAUACACAUAAUUUGUUAAGUGGGUAGGGGUGGAAUCAUGUACCUUUCUUUUUCUUUUAGUGAGCUCUACACCCAACGUAGGGCUCAAACUCAUGACCCCGAGAUCAAGGACGUAUGCUCUACUGACUGAGUCAGCCAGGUGCCCCGGGAUCAUAUACUUUUUAACAACAUAGGGCGCCUGGGUGGCUCAGUCGUUAAACGUCUACCUUCAGUUCAGGUCAUGGUCCCAGGGUCCUGGGAUCGAGCCCCGCAUCGGGCUCCCUGCUCUGCGGGAAGCCUGCUUCUCCCUCUCCCUCUGCUGCUCCCCCUGCUUGUGUUCCUGCUCUUGCUCUCUCUCUCUCUGUCAAAUAAAUACAUACAAUCUUAAAAACAAAACAAAAAAACAAUGUAUCAGAAACAUCUAUGUUCCUAUGCUAUUAAACAUGCAUCUGUCAUCACUUUUGAUGGUGGCAUAUUAUUUCUUUUGUUGAUGAACCAUUGGUUAAAUGGCCAUAAU